CUGACGGAGCCGAGGUGGAGGACAAGGACAGACCGACCGGAGAGGCUCCUCCGCCCGCUGCGGUGCGCGCACACUCCCGGUGCGGCAGAUCCACAGAUCCCCCUCGUCUCCAGAUGUGCUUCCGUCCAGCUGUGCUCGUCAUAUUCACCCAGCGACCAGAUGAUGUGGCAGCGUCUCUUCAGUGGGAGCAGCUCACUGAGACAACAUCAUGUCCAGCUCUCAGAGGGACAACGGCUCUGCAGAGGCCAAGAAAUCAGACCUGAGAGAGAAGAAGUGCUCUUGGGCCUCCUAUAUGACGAACUCCCCGACCAUGAUCGUCAUGAUCGGCCUGCCUGCGAGAGGGAAGACGUACAUGUCAAAGAAACUCACACGGUACCUCAACUGGAUCGGAGUCCCAACCAAAGUGUUUAACUUGGGCGUGUACCGCAGGGAGGCCGUCAGAGCGUACAAGUCCUACGACUUCUUCCGCCACGACAACCAGGAAGCCAUGAAAAUAAGGAAACAGUGUGCUCUGGUAGCUCUGCGGGAUGUGAGGGCUUACCUGACGGAGGAGGGAGGUCAGAUCGCGGUUUUUGAUGCAACAAACACAACAAGAGAACGUAGAGACCUCAUUCAAGCCUUUGUGAAGGAAUAUGCAUUCAAGGUGUUCUUCGUGGAGUCAGUGUGUGACGACCCUGAGGUGAUAGCUGCUAAUAUUCUGGAAGUGAAGGUGUCCAGUCCAGACUACCCUGAGAGACACAGAGAGAGAGUAAUGGACGACUUUCUCAAACGCAUCGAGUGCUACAAGGUCACAUAUCAACCGUUAGAUCCUGACAACUACGACAAGGACCUGUCGUUUAUCAAGGUGAUAAACGUGGGCCGGCGUUUCCUGGUGAACCGGGUGCAGGACUACAUCCAGAGCAAGAUCGUCUACUACCUCAUGAACAUCCACGUGCACUCUCACUCCAUCUACCUGUGCCGCCACGGAGAGAGCCACCACAACGUUGAGGGCCGCAUCGGGGGAGACUCCGAGCUUUCUCCCCGAGGGAAACAGUUCGCCCGUGCACUGCGAGAGUUCAUCGAGGAGCACAAACUGUCAGAUUUGAAGGUUUGGACGAGUCAGCUGAGAAGAACGAUCCAGACAGCGGAGGAGCUCGGGGUUCCUUAUGAACAGUGGAAGAUACUGAACGAGAUAGACGCUGGUGUGUGUGAGGAGAUGACCUAUGAGAUCAUCGAGAACACUUUCCCAGAGGAGUUUGCUUUGAGAGACCAGGACAAGUAUCACUAUCGCUACCCAGGAGGAGAGUCCUACCAGGACCUCGUUCAGCGACUGGAGCCGGUUAUCAUGGAGUUGGAGAGACAGGCCAAUGUGUUGGUCAUCUGCCACCAGGCCGUGAUGCGAUGUUUGUUGGCGUACUUCCUGGACAAAAGUGCAGAAGAUCUGCCGUACAUGAAGUGUCCGCUCCACACUGUGCUCAAACUCACUCCUGUGGCGUACGGUUGCAAAGUGGAACUGUUCUAUCUUAACGUGGAGGCCGUAAACACACAUCGAGACCGGCCUCUCUAUUUCAUCUCCUACCAGGAUAAAAUCCCGAGGGACUCUGCUCUCAUACCUCGGCGGAAUAGUUACACUCCCUUGUCCAGUCACGACCAGGUCAAGCGUCCCAGGCUCUACAGUGCAGGCAACCCGCCCUGGCUACCGCUUGCCCCCACGCCAUCAGCUCUGAUGCCAGAGGGACGGCAAAGCCAAGAGUCCCUGUGCGAAGGAAUCGACUUUGACAGCCCAGAGGAAACUAGUGGCUGUGUCCGCUUCUGAGUGAGGAGGAAGAGUUUUCUUCCUCACGGCACAAAUGAAGUUUUGGAUUCAGAAGACGGAUAGAAUUAUUUUUAAGCUACGAUUUUAGAAAUCAAGAUCAGAUAUGAAUGAAGUCAAAGAGUUUGUGUUUAAAAACCAUCUGGACACAAGGUCUUUUUUGUUUCUUUAUAUCUGCAGUGUCUGUUUGUCUCUGCAUGCUGAGGCUUUGACCUGGAGGCCUCAUCAUUAGUAUCAUAAACUCUUCUGCAUGUGCAAAAAAUCAAUCAGCCAAACAACACAACACAACUGGCAACUAAUCCUCAUUGGACUGUAAAUAAUAUAAAGCCUUACUGAUCAUUACAUAUACUGAGGAUCAGCUCCUCUGGAAGCUUCUCAAUACAAGCACAUUAUUAUGAUGAAAAUCUAUUUUUACCUUUGCAAACAGAUCAUGUUAUAAGGUAGACGCUGUAAAAAACGUUUUAUAAUAUAAAUCUGCUUAUCUUAUAUAUAAACAUCUUCACUUGUGAAGCCAUCCUGUGUUGCCUCAUCUUAUAGAUCUGACAGACUGAACUGAACAGGAUUCUGAAGGAAGAUUAAAAUGCUGUAUAAAGAUUCAUCCCCCUGUAAUAGAAUAAUUACUUGACAUAUUGUCCCAGCAGCAGGUAACAGAUUUAACUUUCUAUCACCAGCUGCUGUUUGCAAUGUUUUUAUGUCUCAAUCAGCUCUAGAUGAUAAAUAUUCAUCUGUCGAUCAUAGUUUUUCAUGCUUAUGUUUUCUUUGAGGGGAUUUGUGCAACUGAAGUUUAACACAUUGAAGGUAUGAUUGCUGUUUUGUUGAGAUCCUUUGUUCAAGUUAUCAAACAAAGAAUUUGCUUUAUUUUUUAAGUUUCCUCAACAUCACCUUUUUAGUGACUGAUGGAAAGUGGUACAAGUUUCAUUUGGUGAUUGUGUAAGGUUUGAUCAUUGAUGAAUUAUUGCCCUGCUCGAAGCAGCCUCCUCGUGCCUUGUUAGCGGACAAUAAAAGUGAGUCUUGACGAGUUCAAAUUCAAAUCUGUUAUUGAUUGUUUUGACUUUCAUUGUAUUGUCCGUUGUUAUAGGAAAAACUUUGUCAAUAUUAUUAUUAAAGAACUAAAUGAAAUAAAGAAGAUGA